AUGCGGAACAUCUCUGUCAGCUGCCCAGCUGUGGAUCUGGUGGAAUCCGAAAUACAAGUGAAUGCUGGCUGUGAGUUGUACUCUAGAGAGAGCCCAAAGGACUUCUUCCAGGUAGCUUAUGAAGGAUCAGAUUUUAUGAGUUUCCAAAACACAUCGUGGGUGCCAUCUCCAGAGGCUGGGAGUCGGGCCCAGAAGGUCUGUGAUCUCCUCAAUCAAUAUGAAGUGGAAACAGUGCAGAGCCUUGUGAGAAAAACCUGUCCCCAAUUUCUCUUUGGUCUCCUGGAUGCAGGGAAGAUGUAUCUUCAGAGAAAAGUGAAGCCAGAGGCCUGGCUGUCAGGCCACUCCACCCUUAAGUCUGGCCGACUAUUGCUGGUUUGUCAUGUCUCUGGCUUCUACCCAAAGCCUGUUUGGGUGAUGUGGAUGAGGGAUGAGCAGGAGCAACUGGGCACCAAACAUGAAGAUCCUUUUCCCCAUGCUGAUGGGACUUGGUAUCUUCGGGCAAACCUGGAUGUGGCAGCUGAGGAUGCUGCUGGCUUGUCCUGUCGAGUGAGGCACAGCAGUCUAGGAGACCAGGAUAUCAUUCUCUAUUGGGGACGCCGUCUUUCUGUGAGCUUGAUCUCUUUGGCAGUGAUAGUGCCUUUGAUCCUUUUGAUAGUCCUCAUGUUAUUGUUUAAGAAGCGAUGGUGAGUUCUCUGCAUUCCUUGUC